UCCUCCGUUACACGUGGCAGCCUCUACGUUGUCCCUUUGUGACUUGUCUCUCUCUCUUCUGAGAUUUCAAAGCUUCGAACUUUCAACAAAAUUAUUUUACCUUUUUGCAGAGAGACGAUCAUCGAUCUCAUCUUCGAAAGCCUUAAAUUCAACCCGUUACGAGUUUGAUUCUUCGGUAUUUUUCUUUCUCUCUCGAUUUGAAAAAAAAAGAAAUGGCGAAUGAAAUUGAAUCAGCGACAGAUCCAGGUGAUACUAACAUCAAAGGAGUUCUUGUUCAUGGAGGAAGAAAUUAUCAGUACAAUGUCUAUGGAAACUUGUUCGAAGUCUCUAACAAGUAUGUUCCUCCUAUUCGACCUAUUGGUCGAGGAGCUUACGGUUUUGUCUGUGCUGCAGUAGAUUCAGAGACACACAAAGAAAUCGCAAUCAAGAAGAUAGGUAAAGCCUUUGACAAUAAAGUAGAUGCUAAGCGGACAUUGAGAGAGAUUAAGCUACUUCGUCAUUUGGAACACGAGAACGUAAGGCUUUCUACAGACCAAUCUUUGAAUGAUGAUCAUUGUCAGUACUUCUUGUAUCAUAUUCUACGUGGACUCAAAUAUAUUCAUUCAGCUAAUGUCUUACAUUGUGACCUUAAACCGAGUAAUUUGCAUCUGAAUUCGAACUGUGAUCUUAAGAUUACGGAUUUUGGUUUGGCAAGGACGACAUCUGAAACAGAGUUAAUGACAGAGUAUGUUGUUACUCGAUGGUAUCGAGCACCAGAGCUGCUUCUUAAUAGUUCUGAGUACACAUAUGCGAUUGAUGUUUGGUCUGUUGGUUGUAUAUUUGCUGAGAUUAUGACAAGGGAGCCUCUAUUCCCGGGGAAAGACUACGUUCAUCAGUUUAAACUUAUAACUGAGUUGAUAGGAUCACCUGAUGGAGCGAGCCUAGGNUCAGUUGAGUUUAUGAUG